UGCCUGCGAGUUCACAGGCGCGAGCUUCAGUGUGUCACAGCGAGGAGUCGCACGAACGAAUACUCAACUGUCUUCUGUACUAAAGUGGAAAAAACAACACCAUUAUACGGCGUAUCUCAUAGCUGGCUGAGGAUACAGCAGACAUGAAGGAGCAGGCGCUAUUCUUCCUCUUGGUCCAAGUUUUUACUGCUCGACUUUUGCCCGGGGUUAAUGGUGAUCUCUGCAAGGUGAACGUUUGCUCAAAUGGUGGAACCUGCGUCACCAAAGCCGGAACGCCAUUCUUUUGCAUCUGCCCUGACGGAUUCACCGGAGAAACAUGCAACGAAACUGAGACAGGUCCUUGCAAGCCCAACCCUUGCAAGAACGACGGCAUAUGCACCGCGACAGGGCACUCCCGACGCGGCGACGUCUUCACCGAGUACAUCUGCAAAUGUCAGCCGGGAUUUGAGGGCGUCCACUGUCAGACCAGUGUCAAUGGAGCGGAUUUAAGCUCAAGAACAGAUGUGAAUGACUGUGCCGGACAGCCAUGCCAGAACGGAGGCAGGUGCAGGGAUUUGGACGGAGAUUUCAAAUGCCAAUGUCCAUCUCCUUAUGUGGGCAAACACUGCCAGCUGCGUUGCAUUUCUCUGCUCGGCAUGGAGGGCGGGGGCGUCGCAGAGUCCCAGAUCUCCGCCUCGUCCGUCCGCUACACCUUCCUGGGAUUGCAACGCUGGGGCCCCGAGCUAGCGCGCCUUAAUAACAAAGGCCUGGUGAACGCCUGGAGCCCCGCUCCUCAUGACAGGAACCCGUGGCUUGAGAUGAAUCUGCAGAGGAAGAUGCGCCUCACGGGCCUGGUGACACAGGGCGCCAGUCGCGUGGGAUCCGCAGAGUUCAUCAAGGCCUUCAAAGUAGCUUCCAGUCUUGACGGCAAAACGUACACAGUGUACAGGACGGACGACCAAAAGAAGGAUCAUAUAUUUACAGGCAAUAUUGACAAUGACGCCACAAAGACCAACGUGUUUGACCCACCAGUCAUCGCUCAGUACAUUCGCAUCAUCCCGGUGGUGUGUCGCAAGGCAUGCACUCUUCGCUUGGAGCUGGUGGGCUGUGAGCUCAACGUGUACUCAAACACUUCAGGUUGCUCUGAGCCUAUGGGCAUGAAAUCCCGGCUGGUUUCGGAUCAGCAGAUCACUGCUUCCAGCGCCUUCCGCACGUGGGGCAUCGAGGCCUUCACCUGGCACCCUCACUACGCCCGGCUGGACAAACAGGGCAAGACCAACGCUUGGACCGCCGCUACCAACAGCAAAUCAGAGUGGCUGCAGGUGGACCUGCAAGCUCCCAAAAAGCUCACAGGAAUCAUCACACAGGGAGCUAAAGACUUUGGUAAUGUCCAGUUUGUCUCUGCCUUCAAAGUGGCUUACAGUGAGGAUGGAUGGUCCUGGAAUACAGUGCAAGAUGAGACCACAAAGACAGACAAGAUCUUCCCCGGCAACAGCGACAACAACGUCCACAAAAAGAACCUGUUCGAGCCGCCCAUCUUCGCCCGCCUGGUGCGCAUCCUGCCGUGGGAGUGGCACGAGGCCAUCACCCUGCGGAUGGAGCUCCUGGGCUGUGACGAGUAGCGCUGUAAUCCUAACCCACCUGGCCUCCUUCCCUCUUUUUCUCUACCUCUGCCAACCAAUUUCUCUAUCAUUCCCAACCCUCAUCUUCCUUUCUUUUCCCCGCUUGCUGUGCCUGCAUUGCCUCGCUCUCCCGCCUAGAGGGCAGCAAACACCACCGUUUUAUUUUUUAGAGACUGCUUGUCAAAUCCCUCUGAUGUCAAACCACUCGGUCGUACUGCAGGAUCAAACGGGUGCUGCCUGCAGAACCUCCCGAAAACCGGCAAAUCGGUGAUGUAUAAAACUCCUCCAGUUUAUUUUCUUCUUAAACUUGAUUAUUCGUGCAGUUUCUCAAGCUGCAGACACAUUAAAUCACCCAAACACAGCAGAACAUACAAAACAAUUGCUUUUUGGUUCUAACCGUUUGGUGCUUAACAUACAUAUAAUUUAUAAUGGCACACUUGCAUCAAAUGCUACUGAGACUCAUUCAUAAUUGUGGACACCGCAUUCACUUUGAUGGCACUUUUGAUGUUUGUGUUUGCGUAUAAGGGGAAAUACUAAAAAAAAAAAUGUGGGCAAGAACAAAAAUUCAGACCACGUAUGUGACACAUGCCAUCUUUCCAUCCCCCAUGAAUUAUGAAUUAUGGGCUCGUGCAAUAUUAUGCUAUUGUGCCGCGCCGGUUCCGAUAACAAUGCGUAUUAAUGGGACGGCGUGAAAAAUGCAUGAGGGGGAAGGUGGGCUAACACUGAACAAACGUGGCAGACUAAUGAUGCUUCAAUUUUGACCACACGUAUAUGUAAAUAUAUCGUUUUCCCCAGUUUUCUAUGGUUGAUGAAAAUAUGUUGAUGUAUUUUUAUGAUGUGAUGUGCUUUCUUGUUAUACUUGACUAAGUCUAUUGGAUUGUUUCUGACACGUCCUAUGUUUGGGCUUUGUAUCGUGAAAACACACAAUAAUAAAUGUUGAAAAGUACUCCAUCCGAUUGUUUCCAAAGGCACUUUUUAUUCCAGCGCUGAACUGAUUGCAGCUGUUUUCCAUUUAAAAAGGUACAUGAUCAAAAGGCAGAAAGCACCGAAGGCCGUUUUGGCUGUUUAGCAUUUAACCCCCACGCACCCCGGGGAGCGGCGUGCACGCCUAAUCUGCCUUUCCUUCAUCACCCGGCUCUGCUGAAGGUAUCUUCUCUGUCUCAUUAGGCUGCUCUUGAAGGUCAUUCAAGUAAGUGUUGACAGCUAGCGUAUGUUAAUAACACCACAAUGCCUUUUUGCCGUAUACACAGAAGCGGGUAUAAAAUGAAUGUGCACUGAAAUUCUUGAUGCACUUCCUUUUCUUUCUAUUUUGUCAAUAUUUGAUUAUGCUGUUUUUGUAAGCAUGUCAUUCUCCUGCGUAUGGCUCACCAAUUGACAGAGGAGCGUUGCAAAUUUGUGUACCAAUUUGAAUAGGCAAGGCAAAUUUAAUUGUAUAACACAACUAGCAGUACGGCACGGCAUUGUUCGGGUUUGUGUAAUAUGAACGCAAUACAACCGAAUGACAGAUAAAACAUAGUCAUGUGAAAAAAUUAGGACACUCCAUUAAAUAUUCGGUUCUUUAUUAAGAAAUGCUCACAUAUCAAUGUCUGAUCUUGUUUUUCCUUUAUCUCUGGAAAAGAAAGUGAUUUAAUUGCAGGUAAACAAUAAUAAUUAACAUUGCUUUAAUCAUUAAAGAGCAUACGACAGGAGG